AUGCGUCUCACUACUUCGGGGAUUCGUUAUGAAGAGGUGGUUAUGCUCUGGGAAGCGCAUCACUGCCACAAAGUAAAAGAAUCUGGCACUCUGAACGCCGGAUUGCUGGAUCAACAGUUUGCUAUGAAAUGGGUCCAACAGCAUAUUAGUAAAUUUGGAGGCGAUGCUAACAAAGUUACUAUAUGGGGUGAAUCGUCUGGUGCGGGCUCGGUUUUACAACAUAUUGUAGCCAACGGAGGAAGAACACGCCCACCUCUUUUCCGUGCCGCCAUUACCAGUUCUACGUACCUGCCAUCACAGUACCGUUUUGACGAUCAAAUUCCGGAGACCUUGUUCAGCGAAACGUUGGCAAAGACUAACUGUUCCUCCGCAAUCGAUUCAUUGGAGUGCCUACGCAAGGUGGAUGUCGACACUCUGCAGAACGCCAACACUGAAAUAUAUACCAGUGGAUUCUUUGGGACAUUCGCAUUUGUCCCUGUAGUCGACGGAAGAUUCAUUACCAACAGGCCCACAGUCCUCCUGAAGAAUGGUCGAUUGAAUGGGAAAACUCAUCUAUCGGUGACCAAUACAUUCGAAGGAACUCGCUUUGUUAACCAGACAACAGCAAACACAGUUGAAGUUCCAACAUAUGUUACUCAGCUUUUCCCACAGCUCACUCCACAACAAGCGAAAAUGGUAGCGGAUCAAUACGCGCCGCUUGGUACCCCUAUUUUUCAGGUUAACGCCAUCAUGGGUGAAUCCAUCUUCAUCUGUCCAACCUAUAUGCUGCUUCGCGCGUUUGAUCAGCGUGGAUUUAAGGGAGAGUUUGCUAUCCCUCCAGGAAGCCACGGGUUAGAUGUAUCAUUCUAUUUCAACAAUGGUGUCCUUCCCUCCGCGUUCCCCAAUCAACAAUUUGUGACAGCCUUUGCGGAGAGCUUCCAAAAUUUUGUAGUGUCAUUAGACCCCAAUGUCAAAUCGGACCGGGCUGAUAUAACUUCCCUAUGGAAGCAAUGGGGAGGGUCGAAUGAAAUGCUUUUCAACCUGACAGAAACCGGCACCCCUGACAUCAGGUCAAUUCAAACUUCCCACGACCUUUUGAAGCGCUGCGACUUCUGGGAAUCCAUGACAAGCGCUACUUCUCAGUGA